AUGCACCCAGCACAAGUUGGGAGUGACGGGCGUGUCACGGUCGCCCUAAACCUCUCGGCAGGCCGCUGCACGGCCGUGGAGAACAACCGGCAGCGCAGCACAAUCUGCAUCGUCCACGGCGACCCCGCGACUGGCAAUCCCGCGGGUUUGGCGAUGCCAUCGCCGAGUGAGUGGGGCAGGACGGGAGCUGGCGAAGCAGAUUGUGGGGGUGGUGAGAUGUUGGUUGUGCGCACGCCGUUUCUCACAGUAGAGGGUGGCGAGACCGAAACACUACCGUAUUCAGCGUACACUCGGGCGCUGGCGGCACACGUGGCAACGAUACUCACGGAGAGGGAGGGCGCAGAGCUGCUCACCGUCGCACACGGGGCUGCAGGGAGCGGGAAGUCCAUCCAGCUGUUUGGUCCCAUCGUCGGCGGGAGUGAGGUGGGGCGGUGUGGUGACGGGCACGGCGGUGGUCUGCUCGCUGCCGUUCUGCAACGCAUCUUUGCUGCCGUGCAUCUUGAUCCGAGUGUGGCGCUCAGCGUUGUCGAGUGCAGGCCUGCCCCGGACGACGGCGAUAGGCGUCGUCCCUGCAGUGGGACGGGGCGACGCGUGGACGAUGACGAAGAUGCGGGGGUGGUCGCCGUGGAGGCCGUCGACCUGCUCGCCCGUGCCACGGACAAGGGAUCUCCCACAGGCUGCUUCAUGGAAGAUUACGCGGACAUCCCCGCCACCCGCUACCUUCGCUGCAGCAGUGCCGCAGAGGCCAUGGCUGUGCUGCACACGGCGCUCUCCCACUCGCUGGCGUGGCAGCCCGUGAGAACGGCACUGGCGCAAGGCUCAGCCGACGUCUUUGGGCUGCCCGACAUCCGAUGGAACGCGGAGCGACGGCGUCGUGCGGCCGAGGCAAGGGAGGAAGAGGAGCAAGAGCAACAAAGAGAAGCGUUUGUAGGAGCUCACUGCACUGCAGGCGCCGCAGAUUUUUUGCGCCCAACGGCAGGCGCAAGCUCGCACAUUCUUGUGACGCUGCUGCUUCGCCACGGCGGCGGGGCGGCGAACAUCUGGCGAAUGUGGGACCUUUCAGGUCCCUCCGUGUGGGCGGACGACGGAACUCCCGCCUCGCGUCUGGCCUUCAACACACACACCGCGGUUUCUCUUAUGGCGCACCGCUACAUGCACCGGGACCAGCUGCAGGGUGGGUGGUGGAGCGCCGCCUCUUUGCCGGAGCAUAUUGCGGAGAUCGUUCCGCUUGCCUCCACCCACCAGCCGCACGGCGGGCGAGGGGACCCGGUCACCACCAUGAUUGAGGCGACUCUGCAGCACUCCUGCUCCGCCGUCGUUUGGAUCGCCUCGCUGCGGUUUGAUGCCUGCUUUGACGACGUCAACGGGGAUGUGCUGGAGGCCGCCGCGGCACUGUUGACGGGCGGAGACGGGACAAACGGCGAGGUGAUUGCGGAGUUGCGGCGCAGGCGGCGGCAGGAGAACGUUGCUGCUGCCUCGCGCGUGAUGGAUCUUUUUGCGGUCGCCUUUUCGUCCGCUGUGUGGCGGCCGCAGCGUGCAGAAAGGCUUCCUGCCUGUGCCACACCGCCGAAUACUGCGACACCCCCCGACGCGGCUGCCUCCGUGGCGGGAGCGACGACGCCAACAUCGGCGUCCCGAUGGCGCCGCCUCAUCUCUCCAGAGCGUGGGGCGGUGGGGUGCUUUACGGCGGCAGGCGCCGAGACAAGGGUUGACGCUGACGCCGGUGCCCCCGUUGCACCUGUCAUGACUGUGGACAUCGCUGCAGCGACUCACCAUGCCUCUGGUGCUUCAGUGUGUUCUCCGCCAGGCGCAGCCGCCGCUGCUGCUGCUGCUGCCGCCGCCGUUCUGGGGACCUCGCCUUGGGUACCAUCUGUUGAUUGUGAGUCGUGCCUGGAGGCUCCGUCCCUGCACAAAGGUCAAACACCAUCAAAUGAGCCCCAAGUGCAGCGGCGCGAGGGCCACAAUCAGAGCUGGCGCUCGCCGUACGCACUACCACCACCACCACUAUCACUACGGCCGCUGUCGCCGUCGCCGUUGUUGCAGAUGCCGCCGGUGGGGGAGAAGGUGGGAGGGGACGCAGGGAGCCCUGGCGGGGCGUCGCCGUUGUCUCCACCGUCCGUGGUGGGCACGGAGUACCCUGAGAAGGCCGUCACAACGGCCCACAACUUAAACUGGAAGGAACUGUUGUGGGAGACUGCCUCACACGACGGCGACGUGGGUGGCGAAGACGUGCCAAGCUCGCAUCGGGGGACAGCGGCUCCGCCGGGGCGUGGGCCGACAGAUCUCGCCAGCACCGUUCGGCUUCUGCUUGAGGAGCCACUGGCACAGCUGCGGGAAAUUUCUGCGCAAUACGAGGAGGAUCUGGCGCUGCACCGUCAGCGUGUAGCUGCGGAGCUGGGCGCCGUGCUCUCUUCGCACGGAGUUGCCUCAGAGGGACGGCAGCGCCGCUUCACAACUUGGGAUCGGCGGAAGAAGAAGAAGAAGAAAAAGCGGCGAGGGCGUUGCACGACAAGAGUGUCGUCAUGCCUCGUCAGUCUCAUUGGCAGCGCGGUGACGACAGCAGGGGGGAGACGGCGCCGUUGGAUGUAUUUGGGCCCACGGUCGCGCUGCAGGUCAGCCUAG